GACACCGAAAAUUUUACCCAAAAAAAAAACAUAGGACACUGAAAACAGGAUUUCAGAAGUGAGUCGGGUAUCGCCGAGCAGCAAGGAUCCCAUGGAAGGUGCAGGAGCCAUGUAGAAGAUCGAUCAAGAAGCUUAGGUGGCGGUGGAGCGCAGAAGGGGACGGUGGAGUUGCAGGCGUCGACGGUGACACACACGAGCGAGGAGCCACGAAUCAGGCGCAUCUGGGAGAGGGAGAUUCUUCUCGCCGGGUCAGGUUUCGGAGAUCUGGUUAUCUUCCGAGCACUGUUUCCAUUGAUUCAGGGGAUUCGAGUUCGAAGAUGCUGCCGUCCCCCUCGCCAGAGCUCUUUCGGUCAUUUAGUCGCGUUUGCUGAGGGAAAGCCGCUGCAAUGGAGGGCGUCGAUUCUGGUCUCAGGCGCAAGAUGGAGGGGGAAAUGUAGGUUUGAAAUUCGGGUCGGGUUGGAGAUUUGGAGCUUCUGUUUUGGGUCUGGGCCAGUUUUGCCCCGGGUCCCUGCCCAAAAAAAAAAACACAAAAAGAAAACAGGAACGCUGUAAAGUGUAAACUAGCUUCCAUAGUUCCUCUCUUUCUCCAAAUCGGUUCCAUGUUUUCGACUUUCAGUUGCCUCUGCGAAAUUGAAGAAACCUUAUCCUUAAUUUAAUUCCUUAUGCUCCUUCCGUAUUUUCGAAACCAUACUCAACCAACAUGGGUUAUUCUGAAACCAAUCAGCAUGACGAAGAAGCAUCCAAGAUUCCAGCGUUGCCAACUGAUGCACCUAAUGAUGCAGAUGAUGUGAAAUUGAGGUCUAGGGACCAAAGAGAGGCUCUCCUGGGUGAGCCAAAGUGUAUCAUAUGUGGCCGUUAUGGUGAGUAUAUCUGUGAUGAAACUGACGAUGAUGUUUGCAGUUUGGAAUGCAAACAAUUACUACUAGGCAGAAUCGCCAAAUCCUUGCCUCCUGUUGGAGGAGUUCUUCAGCCGCCUAAAAAACUACCUGCAGCUGACGAGUGCUUUUAUGUUAGAGAGAAUGAUUGUGAAUCAGGAACUUUAUCUUUAGCUAGAGAUCAGGUUGAAUUGCUUAGAAAGAAGCUUGAAAUUCAUGUGAAGGGUGAUGUAGUGGCGCCGGUUUUGUCAUUUGCUUCAUGCAGUCUCCCUGACAAGCUCCUCCACAAUGUAGAAGCAGCGGGGUAUGAAAUGCCUACCCCUGUUCAGAUGCAAGCAAUCCCUGCCGCUUUGACGGGAAAUAGCACGCUUGUUCUGGCUGAAACAGGAUCUGGAAAGUCUGCUUCGUUUCUUAUUCCAAUAAUUUCUCGAUGUGCAAGUCAUCGCCUUGUAUUUACUCCAGAUAAGAAGCCUUUAGCGAUGGUGUUAACACCUACUAGAGAGCUUUCUAUACAGGUUGAAGAGCAUGCAAAGUUGCUCGGAAAGGGGUUACCAUUUAAAACUGCCCUUGUGGUUGGUGGUGAGGCCAUGGCUAGACAACUCUAUCGCUUUCAGCAAGGAGUUGAACUGAUUGUGGGAACACCAGGAAGGCUUGUCGAUCUUUUAACAAAGCAUGAGAUCGACUUAGAUAACGUGAUGACUUUAGUUUUGGAUGAAGUUGAUUGCAUGCUUCAAAGGGGUUUCAGAGAUCAGGUCAUACAGAUAUACAGGGCUCUGUCACAACCUCAGGUCUUGAUGUAUUCUGCAACAAUGUCUCAUGAUUUAGAGAAGAUGGCAAACUCUCUUGCGAAUGGUGUGUCGGUUAUCUCUGUUGGGAAGGUGAAUAGCCCAAAUAAGGCUGUGAAGCAGGUCGCUAUUUGGGUUGAGUCAAAGCAAAAGAAGCAGAAGCUGUUUGACAUAUUACUGAGUAGGCAACAUUUUAAGCCACCGGCUGUAGUGUAUGUGGACUCCCGACUUGGAGCAGAUCUUCUGGCAAAUGCAAUAAAAGUUGCCACAGGAAUUUCAGCUAAUUCAAUUCAUGGAGAGAAGUCCAUGAAGGAAAGGAGAGAAAUAAUGCAGUCACUUUUGGUUGGUGAGGUUCCGGUGGUUGUGGCUACUGGAGUUUUGGGUAGGGGAGUUGACCUAUUGGGUGUGAGGCAGGUAAUUGUGUUUGACAUGCCAAAUUCUAUUAAGGAGUACAUACAUCAGAUUGGAAGGGCAUCUAGGAUGGGAGGGGAAGGUGAAGCCAUAGUUUUUGUGAAUGAGGAGAGCAAGAAUGUCUUUCCAGAUUUAGUUGAUGUAUUAAAAUCUGGUGGAGCAGCUGUUCCCCGGGAGCUUGCCAAUUCACGGUAUACCACUGGAUUUUUUCCUGGUGGCAAGGGUUCAAAAAAGCGAAAGCAUAGAUAACAAAGUUUCUAUUUUCCCACUUAAUUUCAGCUGUAGUUUUGAUCUUGCAACGUUAGGGAAUGGCACAAGAGAAUACACACAUUCAUUACACUUUUGCAAUUUGCAUGAAGGCUCUCGUCCAGAGAUUAUGUUGUGUGACCAAUGUAUUCCUUAUUUCCUUAAGUUUAGUACCCUUCCAAGAUUUUUAGAAACUGCAAGUGCUGUUUCUGCCUGUAAUAGAUAACAUAGAGGCUGAGAUUGGUGAAAGGAUGACAUGCAAGAGUCACAUUGUCUCUUCUUUGUUCAUCCAAACACGACGUGAAUAACAAGGCUUUAAGAUUGUUAUGGUGGAGAUUUGAUACUGUUGGGAACCUGGUCAAUUGUAAACUAGGGUCUUAGUUGUGAAUAUGUAAUUUUUUAUUGUAAGCUGGGAUGGGUUUUGUAACAAACAUCAAGGAACAGGAGAGUGAAUUUUCUAUAGUGGUUAGGGUAGAGCUAUAUGAACAAUGGGAGGGGCAUAUCUGAUAUUUGAAAGGGAAAUAGAAUUAGGAGUAUGUGGUGGUGUGUUCCUCUUAAAGAACUUCAGGGGGAAAGGAUUGGACUGCCAGAGUAGAGUAUAUUGUUUUAUUUCUUGUAAUUUCAUGCUUUUAAGUUCUGAUAGGUUAUCUAAAUGUCAACUCUAGUGUAUUCUCUGUGUGUUAAUUCCAUACCAAUUCUUUUUA